UUUUUCAAUUUUCUUUUUCUUUUGGGAUGAUUUAUUAAUUUGAUCCCACAAAGUUUCUCCACAUCAAAUUUUUCCUUAUGUGUAUUAUCAAAAGCCGGAAAUCUGGAGCAAUAUUCUUGGAAUUUAUUUAAUUUUUUUUUCCUGAUUAAGCUUGACGAAUUUCAGACAAAUUCUGUGUCUUAAUUUUUACGACUGUUUCUUCUUUAUAGCGCAGACAGUACAUUUACAGAAUUCAUUUUUUUAACACCAUAUGACUUUGAUUGGUGUUCCUCAUAUAUUUUAUUUCCCAGGGAAAGGUCGAAAAGUUUCUGAAUAUUAUAAAAAGCAGGAAAGACUACUGGAAGGGUUCGGUGAAAUGGAGAUGAUCAAUGAAGGCUGUUUCCCAGAUAGUUUAACAGAGGAUGAAAUGAAACAGCUUGCCAGGAACGAAAGAAUGGCUGUUCACGUGUCAAACUUCGCUAAUCUUAUCCUUUUCGCCGCAAAAGUUUAUGCAUCAAUCGAGAGCAGAUCUUUGGCUGUGAUCGCGUCAACCAUGGAUUCCUUCCUAGACCUCUUAUCGGGACUUAUUCUUUGGUUCACUUCUCAUGCCAUGAGAACUCCAAACCAUUAUCGCUAUCCCAUCGGAAAGAAAAGAAUGCAACCUGUGGGAAUUAUUGUUUUUGCAUCAGUAAUGGCAACUCUAGGAUUGCAAAUAUUGCUGGAGUCUGUUCGUGAAUUCAUUGUAAAGUCUCAUCCAGAUAUGGACCGUGAGAAGGAGAAAUGGACGAUAGGGAUCAUGUCCUCUGUAACUGUGGUGAAGUUUCUGCUUAUGAUCUAUUGCCGUAGAUUCAAGAAUGAAAUUGUUAGGGCCUAUGCUCAAGAUCACUUUUUCGACGUCAUUACCAACUCAAUUGGAUUAGUGACGGCUAUUUUAGCAGUGCGGUUCUAUUGGUGGAUUGAUCCUACCGGGGCUAUAAUUAUAGCACUAUAUACAAUCAAUACGUGGGCAAAAACAGUUGUCGAAAAUGUUUGGUCACUGAUUGGAAGAACUGCACCACCAGAUUUUCUAGCAAAGCUAACAUAUCUUAUAUGGAACCACCACAAAGAGAUACAGCAUAUUGACACAGUCAGAGCAUAUACUUUUGGUUCUCAUUACUUUGUAGAGGUUGACAUUGUAUUGCCCGAAGAUAUGUUUUUGAACCAAGCACAUAAUAUUGGAGAAACGUUACAAGAAAAGCUCGAGCAACUUCCUGAAGUCGAACGUGCUUUCGUUCACAUAGACUUCGAGUUUACUCACAGACCAGAACACACGAGCAAAGUCUAAUGACAGCAAGAGGAAUGGCUGUGGUAGCACCAGGGAGGUCUUGCCUGUUUUUGUUGUAGAAGGCCUAAAACAGUAUGUAAGAUGUUCACAAGCAACUUGUUUGUGUUUGUUAAUAAUAAGCCCUGUCUCACUAUGCAAAUUAUGAUACAGAAAACUGCAUUUAAUGUUAUUUUUAAGAUC